AUGGGUUUGGUUGUGGAUCACUCCGGCCGCCUCUUUACUGCCGGCAAGAGGAAGUGUUCCUUGAAGGAUCUUGCUCAAAACGAAGAUGUGAUCUUUGCCACAAUGAAGGGGUGCACGAGUCCCAGACAGAGUGCCCAUUUGAUAUCAGCUGCAAUCUGUGCUUUCUACGACUCGGAGAAGCUUUAUCCGCCAGGGCUGAGGAGCCAAAGGACGGAGGACCAGCCGAAGAUGACUCAGAUGAUGAAGAUUCCGAGGACGGCCAGGACGGCCAUGGAGAUUUCCAGGCUAGCUUCGCAGCUUGGGAAGUGCAAGCUCGUUGAUGAUGAUGUCCAGAAAACACAAGCCCCUGUGCCACAUGUCUUUGCUGGGAAUGGCAAGAACUCGGGCAAGGUGGUCACCGACCUUCCUGAAUAUGUUCUGGACAGCUUACUUGAGCAGUACCUCGCGGCACAUGAUGGUGACGACGAUGACGAAGAGGCUGCUGCGGCGGCCUUGCCAAGUGUUGGUGCGGCUAAGGAAGCUGCUGCUCCCAGGUCUGGGUUCUUGAGUCGCUUCUUAAAGAAGCGUAAGGUUGACAAGGGGAGUCAAGAUGAGGCCACGUCGGAGCCCCCUGCCAAUAAGUACACCCCGCACCUAUAUGCUGAGCGCCGUGUGCACUUCAUCCAGCAGGCUAAGGCUGAUGGUAUGAGCUUCAAGGAGGCCCGGGAGGCGUGGAAUGAGUCCGACUCGAAGAGGGCCAUGCUUGCAACUGUGUCGCUGCCGGAGCUCAAGAGACGGCGAUUUGUUGAGAAGGGAUGCACUGUGAAUCCUUUCUGUCUUGCUCGAGCUGGCGCCUAG